AUGUUAUCCAGCGCAGGUAUGAUGGAAGAGUCUAUCAUACCAGCACUAAAACCAGAAGUGGCAGCAUUUUUGACCUGUUUACAUGAUAAUCUAUACCGCAGAAAUCUUGAAGCAGUCAGAAUUUUAUAUGAGCAGGAAUUAAACGUGGUUACCGAUAAGUACUACCGGACUAGUAGGUGGCCAAGUAUUUCAAUAGUUACUUCGUUUUACCAACAGGCAGGCAGGUUACAUAGCUUGAUCAUGGCAUUAUAUUCUGAAAUAUAUUACAGACACGUCUUCUACUUGGGUGAAGUUACAUUGGAAGAUAGGAUAGAAUCAUGGGAUAAUUACAACCGCCUGUUGAACUACUUCAUCGAAGAUGAAUGCUCGAUUGAGAGAAUUGAUGAUAUGAAUGACAGACUGGUAUUGCCUGCUUCCUGGGUCUGGGAUAUGUUAGAUGAAUUUGUAUAUCAACUCCAAGACACAUGCAGAUGGAGGAAUAGGCUUGGUCGUACAUUGCCGGAUAACAAAAUUAAGCAAGCUGAGUUAUUGAAAAAGUUAAACUCAAUUCCCAUCAUGUGGCAAGUGCAUAGGGCACUGGAGUUGCUUCAUUCGUUAGCUGAAAAUCCUGUCUAUAAGAAAAUUAUUUCGGGUGAUAAAAUCAGCAGACUGGAUGCUUCCCAUUGCAAUCUUUGCUAUCAAAUAGGAUAUUUUGCCUCUGUAUCCCUUCUGAGAUUACACGUACUGAUUGGCGACUACCUAACAUCUGUAAAGGUUAUAUCUGACAUACACCUGGCCCCAAAGAGCUUGUAUUGGAAAGUACCUGCAUGCCACAUUACACUAUUUUACUACAUGGGUUUUGCUUAUAUGAUGUUAAGGCGCUAUAAUGAUUCAAUCAAGAUUUUAUCACAGUUGUUGAUGUUUUUGGCUAAACAAAGGGGUUACCUGGUUUCCCAGAGCUACCAACAAGUGGCAAUGAAUAGGCAGACCGAGAAGAUGUACUUAAUGAUAAUUUUGUGUCAGUCACUCACCCAUCAGAAAUUGGAUGAGACAAUUUUACAGACCAUUAAGGAAACCUACUCCAACAAGUUCUAUCAACUACAAUCUGGAAACGAAGAAGCCUAUAGAGAAACUUUCGGCAAAGCCUGUCCCAAAUUUAUCAAUCCUGCCAUGCCUAACAUAGAUUCUGCACGUGAUCUAGAGCAUGCAGCAAAUCAGUUCAACGAGCCUGUACAACGUCAAACCAUGCUAUUCCUACAACAAGUGGAGAAACAAAGGAGGAUAGACGAAAUAUUUUCGUAUGCCAAACUUUACCACAAUAUUGACCUUAAAAAAUUGAGUUCGUUUAUGGACGAUGCUAUCUUUUCAGUGAACAAUAAAAAAGGUACAAGUGGCACUGUAAAGUCCGAUAUUGAUAGCGUGAGAUCACAUGUAUUGGCUGUUAAACAUUUGACGAGACAAGUUGCCUGGAAAGCAUGUCCUCUGUUGUACCAAGAUGAUACUAUUACGUCUACCUUGGAGAAGGACGUCGAUUUUUACGUUGAUAAUGAUCUGGUACAUAUAAAGAGUCACAACGAUCAAAAGUUAUAUAUCAAUUACUUUAUACAACAGAUACAGAAGACAAAACAACAGUUGGAGAUGUUGUCUAUGAAAUUAUAA